AGCAAUUUGGCCCUCAGCUUGCCUGUCGCUGACUGUCAGCCUGAGCAAAGAUGGGAGACCGCCGGCCCUCGACCCAAUCAACCAGCACAAUCGACAGCCGCGACAGCACCUCCUUGCAAGCGAUUUCAAAAGUAAUUGGCUGGACACCGCCACGAUUGAGGGAUCCAGAAGGCAGCCGUGUGGUGACGAAGGCUGAAGCAUUUUGCUGGAUCCUCUAUGGUUCAUCCAACGCAGGUGCUGCUAUGGCAUAUGCGGCAAAUUCCAUCACUUUCUCGUCCCUGAUCCUUUCCUUGUCCACGUACUGGGUCCUUUAUCUCGCCUCUGCGGACUAUACGACGCGGUUCAGCACUGACGGCGUCGACCAUCGGCUCUUCUUCAUGGCGUUUUCAGUGGCCAUUUUCUUUGUGGACCUGAACUGGACAGGUGACAUCCUUGCAAAUGGCGACGAGAAAGCACGUCGUAUGCACCUGACUGGCAUCGCGAUUUGCUACUUACUGAACAGCGUUGUGUUUGGCCGUGCUGCUGUCUGGGUGACGGAGGGACGAAACUUCGCAGUCUUCCACACGAUUCUGAACCUUAGCGCUGCGGCGCUGUACCUGGUCGCAGCCCACAGCUCUGACUGGACCUGCAAGGCCUUGUGCUGGUGUGCUUGCGCCCUCUUCUUCCUGAGGAGCUACGGCCUUCCGAACUUCCAGAAGAUCGACAAAGUCACGAACAGGCGGAAUGCGAAGGACUACAUCAGCCGCAGCCAGUCGAUGAUGAUUGCAUCCCUGGCCCUUCUGAUCAAAAGCAUCUCCAAAAGCGUUGGCCCAGGCCGUUUGGAGGGUCAUAUGGGCAGCCUGCUGCUCAUGUCACUCCUGCUGGUCUUUCUCGUGAAGACGCUGAUGUUUGACAACCACGUUGAAGACACCAACUGGCACGCGGUGAGGUGCGUCACGACGCCAUGGCGGCCAACGAUAUUUUUGAGCUGUGUGCCACUUGCAAUGGCUGGCGUAAUGAUGAUGGCCUCAGGUUGCAAUAAGAUCUUGCAAAUGGAGCUGCAGACUUCUGACGAGAACGCGGACAUGCAACACUGGGCCGCUGACAACCUUAUGCAAGGCCUCGCCUUGAUGCUGGUCUUCAUGGCCGCGAUGCGGGCCUUGCACAAGCGACCCCCGGUCUCAGACAAGGGCGCAAUGACCAUCUGGAAGGUGCAGAUUGUGGGGCAGCUGUUGGUCGCUGCGGUGGCCCAUCGUAUGCACUACGAGAACGGUGUCAGCGCACUGAAGCGCUGCGUCUUUUUGAUUUUCCUGCUGGUGCUGCUCAACCUUGCCGAUGAGGCUGAAGAGAUGCUUCACUACAGAACACGGCUGGCGGCGAAGGCGGUCAAACUCCAUGGAUCCAACGACGUGCUGGAGAAGGCGAUGGAAAAGCCAAGUCCUGGCAAUGAGAUCCGCAACAGAGAGGUCUAAGAGCACUGUGAGUGAGCUAGCGUUGUUUAGACGGGCGAUGGCUCUUCGCACGGGUGUGCUUUUUUCCGGGGGUACCCC